AUGACCCGAGCUAAGAGAGGGAUAACCGCCCGCGGAGGGCGAAAGAGAGGGAAGUACACCUGGUCAGUCAUGGGUCGUCCUGGGAUGCAGAUGGAGACAUGGGUGCUGUUUGUGGCCUUCGGGUGUAUGUGUGUGGGGCAGGCUCUCGCAGAUCCAUUGUACUUUGUCCCAGUCCCGGCUGUGUGGGAGUCUGGAGCUCAGGUCAGGUUUUGUGCGAGUCUUUUGAAAGUGGAUAAAAAUGACAAGCAUAAGAUGACCGUGACGCUGCUGUCCCCGGAGCUCAACACCACCCUCCUGCAGAAAGAGUCCAACCAGGAUUUUCAUACCUGUAGCACCUUCCUGGCCCCUCUGGUCAUAAAGGACACGGUGCAGCACUUCCAGGUGGAGGUGAUCGGGAAAAAGAUGUACUCCCGGGAAACUCGCAAAGUUCUGAUCCGUGCCAAUAAACCAGUGACAUUCAUCCAGACAGACAAGCCAAUCUUCCUCCCAGGACAAACUGUGUAUUUCAGGGUGGUGACAAUGGACACAAAGCUGAGGCCGGCCUGUCGAAAGUAUGAUAUCAUCGAACUUCAGGAUCCACAUGGUAACCGCAUUGGGCAGUGGCUGAAUCUCACUGCGGAGGGUAAAAUAGUGCAGCGGUCUUUCGCCCUGAAUUUUGAGGCCAAAGAAGGCAGUUACCAGCUCUCAGUGACCUCUGGAGAAGACACAAUCUACCAUUCAUUCAAGGUGGAGAAAUAUGUUUUACCAAAGUUUGACGUCAAAAUCACCUCAAAGGAUGAAGUGAGCAUUGCCCAGGAGGAAAUCAGUAUAAAAGCUUGUGCAGAAUACACUUACAAGCAGCCUGUUCCCGGGAUAGUGAAAAUAGAUGUAUGCAGACCCAUCAACAGAUACAUGUUUGGGUUCUCUCUAAACGAGGAUGACGUUCCAUCUGUGACUGCUCCAUGCCACAAGGAGAGCAAAACGGCCGACGCGACUGGGUGUGCUGUGUUUACUAUCCCAAUGUCCACUUUCAAAGAAAUUGACCAAAAGAUUCUCCUGGACACACUGGAGGUUGUGGUAGACAUGGAGGAGGAGGGAACAGGGAUCACAUUCACACAACAUAAAAGAGUUACCAUUUCAUUCGUCGUUGGAACGCUGUCCUUUUUCGACACACCAAACAUUUAUGAGAAAGAUUCCACUCUACAGGGGAAAGUGAAAGCCGUGGCCUAUAAUGAGCAGCCGUUGGUGAACAAAGCCCUGUACCUGUUUGAGGGAGAGCGCUGGUCAUCAAGGCAUCUACAGAACCUCACCACUGACAACAACGGAGUGGCUACUUUCUCCCUAGACACGUCAGCAUACAGCGGAGAAAUCCACCUCCACAUAAGUAUUACGCCGGAGUUGGAGUACCCCAAAUACAGAGAAGAACACUAUGAGAAUGGAGAAAUCCGUGUGGCCUUUGCCCAGCAGUCCACUCUGGACACCAAGACUGUGAGCUCCCUGGAGGUGAAGAAGAACUCUGAGCCGUUCCCCUGUGACACUGAGCAGGACAUCUUCAUCAACUACUCUGUGGUCAAAGAGAUGGAGGCAGAGAUGGACAUCAUGUACCUGAGCAGUCACAGAUGA